UUUCUUCACAUAAAAGCAAAUAUGGGAAAGCUCGCAGCCUUGUUCUUCACUACCAUCUUCCUCUGCUAUGUUAUGUCACAAGCCUCUCGCCCUCAACCCGCUUUCCUCAAGGAUUCCUCCCCAAAAACGCCACAUCUGGGCGUUGAAAGUGAAGCAGAGCAUGAAUUGACGGUGGAAGAGAGGUGUGAAGGCAUCGGAGAAGAAGAAUGCUUGAUCAGAAGAACACUUGCGGCUCACGUUGAUUAUAUUUACACCCAGAAGCAUAAACCUUGAAGCAUCCUUAUAUAGCAACUAUGCAUAGUAUAUAAACUGCAAGAGUCCUCGUGAGAUAUUUUUGGUGAGAUAUUGUAAGAAAAGGAAGUGUUAAUGAUAAGAUUAUGUACCUAAUUUACAGGGUGAGUAGUGAUUCUCCAUGAUGAGCUUUUGUUGUUUGUAAGAGUUUGUCCAGUUUCAUUGAGGUCACGACCCAACGUGCAAAUAUGUUAAUCAAUCUUUGCGAUUGAUCGUAGGCUUUUCGAGCGACUAUAUACGAAGCAAGUUGUUCAUACGCUGUUCAUCUUCUGGGCUGCUAUGUUUCGAAAUCUGUAACUCUAAGGAGAAAGAGUGUGUAUGUGCGUGUAGCGUGUCUUUUGAAGGAUCAUAAUUGUGGAUUUAAUGGUACUUUCUCUUGUUCACCAUGAUUCGCUUGGUGACAAGUAAUGUAAUGGUACAGUGAAUUACUCUGUUUUCAAUAUUCAAUGGUAUGCACAAGCUGAGAUUAAUUUAUACUAGUU